AUGGAUGAAUCAAUCCCCCAGAGGUUCAAGAUGCCACAGAUUGAGCCAUAUGAUGGCUCAUCCGAUCCUCUGGAUCAUUUGCAGAGCUACAAGGCCCUUAUGACACUCCAAGGAGCCACAAACGCUCAACUCUGCAAAGCCUUCCCAGCAACUCUCCGCAAGGCAGCUCGUCUUUGGUUCUCUGGAUUAAAGCCCAACUCGAUUCUCUCCUUUGAACAGCUGGGCAGGCAGCUCGCCACCCAUUUUGCCGCUAGCCGGCGUCAGCGCCGGACCUCAGACUCCCUCUUCGCCAUCAAGCAGAAGGAGGGAGAAUCCUUAAAAGACUACAUCAGUCGCUUUACCUCAGCCACAUGGGAGGUUCGCGAUCUCGACCAGUCAAUCGCCAUAUCGGCAUUGAAGACUGGAACUCGGUCCUACAAAUUUCCCUUCUCCAUCAAGAAGAGCUUCCCCACCGACUUUGUUGAAAUGUUGGCUCGAGCUCGCAAGUACGCCAAGGCUGAGGAAGCCAUGGCCUCUCGGCGAGAGGCAGCCGAACAACCUGCCAAGAUGCAGAAGACGCGCCACGAGGAGUGCUCCCAACCAAGCAGCAGAUCCCCCUGGCAUGAGAAAGAGCCUCCUUGGCCCAAGAGCCUAGCUCACUCGAGGUCUCCCCUCCAAAAGUUUCAGACAUACACUCCCCUCACAUCCACCCGAGCAGAGAUCUUCAUGGAGAUUGAGGGUCAAGGCUACCUCCGACCUCCGUGGAGGAUGCGACCGAUAGAGUCGCGGAAGCACUCGAAAAAGUACUGCCACUUCCACCGAGAUCGUGGCCAUGAUACGGAGGAUUGUUACGAGCUCCGUGAUGAGAACGAGGCACUUGUCCGUCGAGGUCGGUUGAGUUGUUUUGUCCGUGAUCAUGCCUACAGGAGAGAGCCUGAGCAACAAAAACUAGUGCCGCGUGAGGAGCGGGACGACAACUGA